AGACUAAUUCGGUUGAAGCCUUCAGUAUCAUUAUAUAUAGACCUACUCCUAGAGGUCUAGACUACCUGUGUCAUAUAAGACUGCUGGCCUUGCAGAUUACUGUAUUAUAUUGAGUCUGUGACAUUGGUAUUUAAGAUUAGAUUAAAUACAAAAUUGUAAGGGAACAAACAGAAGUCAGGGUGUUUUGAUCCCUGUGGAUUUCGCUUCUUUUAUUCUUCCAAAAUGACGUCCAAACAGCACGAUAAUGACAGGCGUAAACAAAUCAGUAUACGAGGAAUUGCACCGGUAGAAAAUGUAGCUACUAUUAAAAAGUCGUUCAACAGGCAUCUUCAUUAUACUUUAGUAAAGGACCGUAAUGUUGCCACUCCAAGGGACUAUUAUUUCUCUCUGGCCUACACAGUUCGGGAUCAUCUAGUCUCUCGAUGGAUUAGGACUCAACAGUAUUAUUAUGAAAUAGACCCAAAGAGAGUGUAUUAUCUCUCCUUGGAGUUCUACAUGGGCCGGACACUGUCCAACACAAUGGUCAACCUAGGCAUUCAGAGUUCCUGUGAUGAGGCCAUGUACCAGCUUGGUCUUGAUAUUGAAGAACUUGAAGAGAUAGAACAAGAUGCUGGACUUGGAAAUGGUGGCUUAGGUCGCCUAGCAGCAUGUUUCUUAGACUCAAUGGCAACACUUGGACUUGCUGCUUAUGGCUAUGGCAUUCGUUAUGACUAUGGUAUCUUUGCCCAAAAGAUUGAAAAUGGCUGGCAGGUUGAAGAGCCUGAUGACUGGCUGAGAUUUGGUAAUCCAUGGGAAAAAGCCAGACCAGAGUACUGCUUGCCUGUCAACUUUUUUGGGCGUACUGAAAACGUAAAUGGCAAAGAUAAAUGGGUAGACACUCAAGUUCUUUUUGCCAUGCCUUAUGACACUCCUAUCCCUGGCUAUGGUAAUAAUACAGUCAACACAUUACGUCUAUGGUCUUGCAAGGCUCCAAAUAGUUUUCAUCUUCACUUCUUUAACAAUGGUGAAUAUAUUAAUGCUGUGUGUGAGAGAAACUAUGCAGAAAAUAUUUCUAGAGUCUUAUAUCCAAAUGAUAAUAUGUUUGAGGGAAAAGAACUUCGUCUGAAACAAGAGUAUUUCCUUGUUGCUGCUUCACUUCAAGACCUUAUUCGCAGAUUCAAAUCAUCUUCUUUUGGACAAGCCAAUCCAGCCAGAACCUCUUUUGAUACUUUCCCAGACAAAGUUGCUAUUCAGUUGAAUGACACCCACCCUUCACUAGCCAUCCCGGAGAUGAUGCGUAUCCUAGUAGACAUAGAGAAUGUGACUUGGGAGAGAGCCUGGGAAAUAACAACCAAGACUUGUGCCUACACCAACCACACAGUUUUACCAGAGGCUCUGGAACGUUGGCCUGUAAAUCUGCUUGGCCAUGUCUUGCCACGCCACCUUGCUAUCCUGUAUGAAAUCAAUUCUCGAUUCCUGAAGGAAGUGGCCAAAAAAUGGCCUGGUGACAAUGAUCGUUUAGCUAGGAUGUCUCUUGUUGAGGAAGGUCCAGAGAAAAAGAUCAACAUGGCCAAUGUAUCUAUUAUUGGCAGUAAAGCUGUGAAUGGAGUUGCUGCUAUCCACUCGGAUAUUAUCAAGAAGUCAACAUUCAAAGACUUUUAUGAAAUGUUCCCCAAAAAGUUCCAAAACAAAACCAAUGGCAUCACACCCAGAAGAUGGUUACUAUUGUGCAAUCCUGGUCUUGCUGACAUCAUUGCUGAGAAAAUAGGUGAGUCAUGGGUAACUAAUUUGACAGAACUAAGAAAACUGACUCCAGCAAGUAAAGAGGAAGCUUUCCUGAGAAACUUUAUGAAAGUGAAACAGGAGAACAAAAUGAAGUUAGCCCAGUAUAUCCAGACCAAUUACCAUGUCAAGAUCAACCCUGCGUCUAUGUAUGACAUGCAGGUCAAGAGAAUCCAUGAGUACAAGAGACAGCUUCUGAACUGUCUGCAUAUUAUUGUCAUGUAUAACAGACUGAAGAAGAACCCACAGGCACAGUUUGUGCCCAGAACUGUCAUGAUUGGUGGCAAGGCUGCCCCUGGCUAUCACACAGCCAAGAUGAUAAUUAAACUUAUCAACAAUGUUGGUAAAGUGGUCAACAACGAUCCCAUCAUUGGUGACCGUCUGAAGGUGGUCUUCUUGGAGAAUUACCGUGUCUCCCUGGCUGAAAAGAUCAUCCCUGCUGCAGACCUGAGCCAGCAGAUUUCACUGGCUGGCACUGAAGCUUCAGGAACUGGAAACAUGAAGUUUAUGUUGAAUGGUGCACUGACAAUAGGAACACUUGAUGGCGCCAAUGUUGAGAUGAUGGAAGAGAUGGGAAGAGAGAACAUCUUUAUCUUUGGUAUGACAGUUGAACAAGUGGAAGAACUCUGGCGCAAAGGAUACAAUCCUAAAUCUUUCUAUGAAAAAGAUGUUGAGUUGAAACAAGCACUGGACCAACUUAACAGUGGCUAUUUCUCUCCAGAAGAACCAGGAUUAUUUUGUGAACUGUAUAAUGGACUACUCAACAAUGACAGAUUUGCCCUGUGUGCAGACUUUAGGUCCUAUGUAGAUUGUCAACAAGAAGUGUCAGAACUGUUUAAGGACCCGAUGAAGUGGGCAGUGAAGGCCAGCCUUAAUGUUGCCUCUUCUGGAAAGUUCUCCAGUGAUCGAACAAUCAAUGAGUAUGCUAAGGAGAUCUGGGGUGUGGAGCCUUCCAACAUCAAGCUGCCAAACCCAGCUGACAAAGGCUCGGCCAAAGAAGACUAAAUCAGCAUCCUGAAAUGUAGUAGAAUUGUAAAAAAAACAAUUUAUCUCCCCUUUUUAUUCUUAGAACAUAUACUUAUUUAGUAUGGAAGAACUACUGGAGGUGCAUUUUAGCUUGUCAUUAAUUAUUAUUUUACACCCCCUUGCUUCUAUUUGGAGGCUCAACAGCCCAGAUCUCUUGGGUCUACCUACAAUAAUUGUGAGAGGCUUAGCUUUGUUUUAUACACCCAGAAUACUGUUCAUUGUCUUGUUUGAUAAUUGUAUACAUACAUAGAUAUAAUUUAGGCUUCAACCAUUGUCCAAUGUUUUCAUUAGGACUGGCACUGGCCACUUGCAUUGUACAUUAUUUAUCUAAUUGUUUUAUAAGACACCCUCAGUUUAUUACUAAAUGUAUUUGGUCAAACAAGCGAUAAGUAAUUUUCUUUGUGUUUAUGCAUGAUUUGUCCCAAAUAAAUUUCUAGAAGUCACAUUUAUACUUAUUUAUAAGUAGGGAAAGUCGGCUCCUAAUUUGUGAAGAUUGGAAAUGUAAUCUGUCAACCCAGACUUUUUGUUUUAUUAUACUUGUUUGGGAAAUCCACCAUUAUUUUUCUAAUCCUGUGUCUGUUUUAUCCUGUGAUACACUUGGCUGAAAGGCAGUAACAUUUAUUUUGUUUGCAUCCCUUGGUAAUACAUAGAGGCAUACAAAUAAAUUAAUGUUUUCAAAAUGUUAAAUCUAAAUUUCAGUCAUAAAAUGAGAUUUCUUUCUUGAGUAUACCGAUCUAUAUAUAAAUGGAUCCACUUCAUCAUGAAAUAAAUGUGGCGAAACCUGUCUUCACUCAACUUUCUGUUUUAUUGUAUUGAGGUUAUAUUAUUACAGCAGUUUGUUUUGAUUUUUUUUUCUGUUUACAAUUGUUACAUUAAUAUACUCUAUAUCAAAUUGUUGAUUACAUCAUCUUUUUUUUUUUUUUUACUGUAUUGGCUACAAAAAUAACAAGUGGGAAGAAAAAAUGUUUGUCUUAUGAUCUGAUUUUGUCAAGUUUUUACCUAUUAAUCAUUGAAUUGAAGUGUUUACGGUACAUUGCAAUGAAGUGGAGGACUUGCUAGCUCAAGGAAUUCUUUUGAUCAAAUGCUGAGAUUAUUUAAAAAAAAAAAAAAAGAUUAUAUUACUAUUAACUCAAUCCCCUAUGACCCUUUUAUUUUUUAAAUGUAAAGUAAAUUAACUGAAGAAAAUUGUCUUGUCAUGGGCAUGUGUUGGGAUAUCACUUGUUAAUGACUGGCAUUUGUCAUGAGUUCUGAGAAGCUAUGUCACUUACCUUUGCCAACCAAAAAAAAAUAAAUUUCUGCAGAAUAAGUUUUUAUUCAACAUUCCUAAAAAAAAAUGUAACUAACAAAAAUUAAAAAAAAAAAAAUUAAGGUGUGAUUAGAUAUGCCUGGUGCCUGGUGAAAAAAUAUUGAUCAAUUCUAAGUUCAAGGGAGUUGAUAUCAAUGUUGCUGAUCUUUUGUGUUCAUUAUAUCUAGAUGAUUAAUGCUAACAGCAUCUCCUAUUUCCCAAAUUAUUACUUGAUACUAAUAUCUGAUGACAUUCUUCAUGGGGUCUUGAAGAAUUAACUUAACAAAGUUUCUUUUUUUAGAUUUCAGUGUAGAAAGUUGUUUUUUUCAUUUCUAUUAACAUUCUGUUUUUGAUUCAUGAACUUGUAUGUAGUCACAGAUCUGUUCAAUAGCUGAGACUGACUUGUACUGGACUAUUUGUUAUCAAACUGAAAAGGACUUUUAUUUAUUAAAUUUUUUUCCUGCAUUUAGAUUCUAUAGCAUUGACAUUUCAAAGUUUGAAAAACAAGUUUGUAAUAGUCUUUUUGAACUGCUUUGAGCAUAUGAAGUAUAACAACUCAAUACAUGAUUAAAAUUGUGUAAGAACUCUUCUAGCGCUUAUUAUGGAGCUGUAGACUACACAAUACAGAAUGAGUUGCAUAAAAAAAAAAAUUCCCUUGCAACUUUUUGGUGAAGUUAAGAAAGGACUUAAACAUGUUUUAGUUACAGUACCAGUAUAGUAGAGCGUGUAAUGGCAUAUAUAACAAAUUUGUAAAGAAAAAGUAGAUACACUUGGAAGGAAAACAUGUUGUCACAUGCCCUUCCAAUAACUUGUUCAUAUUGUCUGAACUUGAUUUUCUUGUGGGCUAGAGAUUAUUUAUUAAAAAGAGAUUUGUGCUAGAAUGUAGUAUUUUUUUAAAAUAAGAGUAAAACCAAAGAUCUACCAUUUACCAUAUCUUCCAUAGUAGACUGAAGAAGUGUGUUAAUUUUAAACAAUUACUUUCUCUCUGUCUGGGUGGUUAUUGACUUUAUUUCCAUUUGUUGCCCAAUGUUGUGUGUGUUGAAAGUAUGCACCUAUAUGAUUAGAUUCUAAGAUGGUUUCUUUCUUGUCAUAUCUAGAUAUCACUUCAUCAUUGUGAACUUGUGCUUUCUAUUUAAGGCUGUGUGUUAGAUCCCAUUUUAUGUUCCAGUUUGAGACUCCCUGUAUAUACAAGUGUUCAGAGCUUUUUAUAUCUUCUCUAUUUAACUUUAGCUUCGACUAUUUUUUUCUCUUAUUAGUCAACGUGUAGGCCUAAAUUACAAACUUUACAAUCUUGUGAUAGCAAAUAAAAAAGAAAAGUGUA